CCGCUGAUGACGUGUGCGAAAGCGGAAGUGGUGUUAGUGUGCGGUUCUGCGGGUUACUAGAGACGCUCCGGUUCAAGAACGGCGGACAGACAGAAAUACCGGGAGAGAGAAACACACAAUCACAUACCGAGAACCAGAAACUCAUCUGACAACAGGAAUCAUCUGCGAUGUCAUUUAUAUUUGACUGGAUCUACAGAGGCUUCAGUGGAGUGCUGCAGUUUUUAGGUCUGUAUAAGAAGUCUGGAAAGCUGGUUUUUCUUGGACUGGACAAUGCUGGAAAGACAACUCUCCUGCACAUGCUCAAAGACGACAGAUUAGGACAACAUGUGCCCACUUUACAUCCCACAUCAGAAGAGCUGACCAUCGCAGGAAUGACAUUCACUACAUUUGAUCUGGGUGGACACGUACAAGGCUCUGCUGUCAGAUGAGACCAUCUCCAGUGUGCCACUGCUGGUGCUGGGAAAUAAGAUCGACCGGCCGGAGGCUGUGAGUGAAAGUAGACUCAGAGAAGUGUUCGCUCUGGACGGACAGACCACCGGGAAGGGCAGUGUUUCUCUGAAGGAGCUGAACGUCCGGCCGCUGGAGGUGUUCAUGUGCAGCGUCUUGAAGAAGCAGGGUUACGGUGAAGGUUUCCGCUGGCUGUCGCAGUACAUCGACUGAUUACACACUCCUGCUCCCACAUCAUCAGCAAUAACACACCUUGAUUCAAUCAUUUACUGUACUUUAGUGGAUAUCUUAAUGUUUGGGGUUUGUCAUUUUCAGGUUUGUCCGUGUAUUGAUUUUAGAGAGGGAAAUACAUUCAUUCACACAAUGCAGAUUUUUAAUGCAGGAGCACAAGCAGGUCGGAGGAGUUUCUGGAUUAAAAGCCUGCAAUUACAGAUCAGCUCAGAAAUACUGAUUUUAAACAAACAAAAAGUGAUAGCAAAUGACUGAUGCACAAUAUUUUUGUCUUGUUUUCCAGUAGAAAUAUCUAAAUGUUCUUAAAUCAACAUAUAUUUGCAUGAGAAGCAAUGUGAUUUAAGGUAUUACUUAUUGUUUAAUGAAACAUUUAAUAAAACUAAAGGAGGUUAUUGCUUAAUCUUUGGGCUAAGAAAAAUAUAUUUAAAAAACAAGUUAUGUAAUUUAUACAAAUAUUUAUUGUAAUAAAUAUUUGCAUAUUUAUUAACAUUUUAAAUAAAAUAAAACAGACUUUAUUGCUUAGUCUUUCGGCCAAGAAAGAAUAUAUAUUUUAAUUAAAUAUGAUUUAUGCAAUUAUUUAGUUUAAUACACACAUUUACACUUUUAUAUAAAAAAAAAACAAUUGCAUAAACUUAAUUUAAAUUUGUAUUUUAACUUUUAAGUACAAUAAUCUAAAUAUACAAUUUUAAGAGAUUUGAUUUGAACAAGUUUGGAUAUUUUUACUGGAUAGCCAGAAUACGUAUUGAUCUGAUUGGGAAAAUUAUUUAAAUUCUUGCAUCUUCUGAAUAAUUUAUUUGGGCUUUAAUCUUAAAUUUUUGAUUUAAGUUCCACUGUUACACUUCAGUGUUUAGUAUUAAUUUAUCCUCAUUCAUCUGUAGACAGUACAAAUAUCUAAACACUCUUAAAUCAAGAUAAUUUGGCAUGAGCAGCAGUGAUUGAAGGUAAUUUUCAUAUAUUCUUUUACUAAAAAAAUUAAAAUAAAAACUAAGACUUAAUAUUUGGAUUAAGACAUGAAAAUAGAUUAAUAAUUCAAAGUUACUCCAAACUUUUAUUUACUAAAAUAAAUAGAUCUUAAUUUUAGCACGUUUGGAUAUUUGCACUAAACAACAGGAAAAAGUAUUGAGUCAAAAAUAAUAAUUCUUCUGAAUAAUCUCAUUUAAUUGGACUUUAAAUCGAGAUAUUUUUGCAUGAGCGGCAGUGAUUUAACAUAUUUUUAUAUCUUCUUUUAAUUAAAAAAUAACUUAAAACUAAGACCUAAUUGCUUAAUAUUUCGACUAAGACAUGUAAAAAUAUAUCAAUAAUUCAGAGUUAGUUUUUUGUAAUUUUACAUCUAAAUAUACAUACAUAUAAAUAUAUCUUAAUAAAAAAAAAUAAAGAAUUCAUAAAAUUCUUCUGAAUAAUCUAAUUUAAUUGGGCUUUAAUCUAAGUUAUGAUUUAAUUUCCUCUGUUAUACUUCAGUGUUCAGUAUUAAUUUAGCCUCAUUCGUCUAUAGACAGUACAAAUUAAUAAAUAUUCCUAAAUCAAGAUAUUUUUGCAUGUGAUAGUAAUUUAUGACAUUUUUCAUUUCUUAUUAAAAAAAUAGAUCAAAGUUAAGACUUAACAGCUUAAUCUUUGGACUAAGACAUGAAAGAAUAUGUUAAUAAUUCAAAGUUACUCCAAUCUCCAAACUUUUGUAAUUUUACUUAUUUAAAAAUAAUAAUAAUAAUAAUAUUUUACAUGUUAGCACAUUUGGAUAAUUGUACUGAACAACCAGAAUAAGUAUGGAGUCAAAAAUCAUUUAAAUUCUUCUGAAUAAUCUAAUUUAAGUGGACUUUAAUCUAAAUUUUGAUUUAAUUUCCACUGUUAUACUUGAGUGUUUAGUAUUAAUUUAGCCUCAUUCAUCAAUAGACAGUACAAAUAUUUUUCAAAUUAAACAGUAAAUCAAAGUAAAGCUUAAUUGCUUAAUCUUUGGACUAAAAAAAGUUCAAAUAUAAUAAUAAUAAUAUUAAAUGAUGAUGAUAAUAAUAAUAAUUUUAAACAAAUAUCUAAACAUUCCUAAAUCAAGGUUUUUUGCAUGAGCAGCAGUAAUUUAAAAUAUUUUCCAUUCAUUUUAUUUAAAAGUAAAAUCAAAAUGAAGGAUUACUUGAUUAAUCUUUGGACUUAGACAUGUAAAAAUAAAAUAUAAUUCAAAGUUACUCCAAUCUCCAAACUUUUAUUUUGUAAUCUCGCAUUUAAUAUACAUGCAGUUUAAUUCUAGCACGUUAGGAUUUUGUACUGAACAAUCAGAAAAGGGUAUUUAAUCUCAUUUAAUUGGACUUUAAUCUUAUUAUUUUAUUUAAUUUCCACUGUUAUACUUCAGUGUUUAGUUUUUAUUUAGCCUCAUUCAUCUGUAAACAGAACAAAUAUCUAAAUAUUCUUGAAUUGAGAUAUUUUUGCACGAGCAGCAGUGAUUUAAGUUAUUUUUCAUAUUUUGUUUAUUGAAAUACAAUAAAAACUAAGACUUAAUUGCUUAAUUUUGGACCAAAAAAAGUUAAAAUAUAUUAAUAAUAAAUAAUAAUAGUUUUUUUUUCAAUCUCCAAACUUUUAUGUUGUAAAAUAAAUAGAUCUUAAUUUUAGCAAGUUUAGAUAUUUGUACUGAACAACAAGAAAAAGUAUAAAAUAGUUAUUAAUUAAUUUUUUUUGAAUAAUUCAAUCUAUUUGGGCAUUAAUCCUACGGUUUUAAUUUGCACUGUCAUACUUGAGUGUUUAGUAUUAAAAGCCUCAUUCACCUAUAAACUAUGACGAUUUGUAUUAUACAGUAUAUUCUACUGUACAGUGAUCGUGUAGAUAAUGUUCAUAUAGUGCUGGAUGUCAGUGUAUGUCUGCAGAUGCUCUACUGUAUAUGUUUUAUCAGACGCCGUUGGUGUUUGUUGAUCAUCAGAUGAAGCUUUGUGUCUGAUAGGAGAAAACCGACGGCAGACUUUUGGGGAAAAAAAACAACUGUAAAUAUUGUAUAAUGGAGUAUAAAUGUUUUUAUUGUCGAUAGCCUUGAGUGUACAGCAACCCAUCGUACAGACUGUAAACAUCUAUAAACUGUCAAUAUUUUCAAGAGUA